UGCAGCAAUUAGAACUAUUCAGUGAUGUUGAAAGAGAAAGGGCGCUUUCUAUUCUCACACAAGCCAAUAUGGAUCACAAAUUGACGUUGGGUGUAAAGAAGCUUUUGAUGAUUAUUGAAAUGGCUAGACAAGAUGAAAAUAAGGUGGAUAAGUUUGUCAAUGCUAUUUUGGCCUUGUAAUUUCAUUUUUUUUUUUUAAUAAUAAAAUUCCUUUUUCUUUCUUUGUUUUCAAUGAAACGAUAUCAUCCUAAUUACUUGAAAGAGUCUGUGUUCUUCAGUUGUUCUACAUGCCAUUCACAUCUAGUGUCUCAAAACGAUAUCAUUUCUAAAGCAUUUGAAGGCAUGCAUGGCCCUGCUUUUCUUGUUGAAAAAGUCAUCAAUAUGUCUAGAGGUCAAAGAGAAGACCGCAUGUUAUUAACAGGAACUCAUACAGUAGCAGACAUCUCUUGCCAGAUAUGCAGAUCUGUCAUAGGCUGGAUUUACAUCAAAGCACCUGCCAAAAAUCAAAAAUACAAGGAAGGAAAAUGUAUUAUUGAAAAAACAAGAGUCAUUAAAGAAUGUAAUAAAUUAUCUAUGUCUGUCUAUAUAGGAUGAUCAUUCUUCAUCAGUUAAGUCUUCUACAUCGUCUGUCCAAUGAAGUGAAGCUUCUACUGCUUUUUUCCAAAUUUCAUAUUUUUCUUCUCUUUCGGCU